AUGUUGGUCAAAGCCGAACCGGUAGGUGUUGAUGCUCAUUUAAGCUUGCCAAAUGCAAUAAGCAUCUUUAGGGACAAGAUCAGAAAGAAAAAAGAUCAGUCUACAGAGCAUAAAAAAGAAAAGUUGAGAAGAACAGCCGACGCCAUUAUGAUAGUGGCUACACUUAUAACAACUGUAACUUUCACGGCUGCAUUCACCAUGCCUGGUGGCUACUAUCUAAGUAGCGAUAAAAACCCAGGAACAGCAAUCCUAUCCAGAAAAACAAGUUUUCAAGUAUUUAUCAUCUCAGAUGCUCUAGCGCUACUAUGUUCUGUCAUGGCUAUAUUUGUGAACUUUUAUGGGAUGCUGUAUGGAAGUGAACGCACACUUCGUAGUUCAACCCGAGUUGCUGUUAUUUGCACCGCUGGUGCCAUUGUAGGGAUGCUGAUCGCGUUUGGUACGGGGACUUAUGUGGUAUUGGCUGAAUCACCCGCGCUUGCGAUUGCAACAUUAUUUUUUAGUUUCUUGGGUAUAGCAUACGUAUUUGAAAUGUUCCCACUUUUACAUUAUUGGGAAGACUUUGUUACAUUUUUUAGCCGUUUGUGGGUGAGCUUGGCCGGCUCUUUGACAGACGUGGGACCCCAGGUGCAUUCGUUGGAACAGAGGUGCAGCAAGUUGUUCUAG